AUGUCGGAUAAUCUGCGAUCUUUGCUUGAGCUUUCGGGAAGCAAGUCGUACUUUUUUGAGGCAUACGAAGGGUUCAAGACUGUUGAGAACUUAAAGCAACAGUAUAUCCAUAUACCUCCGGAUGGAAAAGAGCUCCAUCUUCUGUAUCUCCUGUCAAAAAUGAAGGAAGAUAAUAUACGUUCAGCCAUUGUAUUUGUUUCAACUUGCAGGACAUGCCAAUAUUUGGACUUUGUGUUGCAAGAGCUUGGUCGACCUGCUGUUUCUUUGCACUCUCACAAGGCUCAGUCACAAAGGCUUUCAGCGUUGCAUCGUUUUAAGUCUGGUCAGGUCCCUGUGUUGAUUGCUACCGAUGUGGCCAGUCGUGGAUUGGAUAUCCAAACUGUUGAUCUUGUUAUCAACUAUGACAUUCCAAGGUUUCCGCGUGAUUAUAUCCAUAGGGUUGGGCGAACUGCAAGAGCUACCAGGGGAGGGCUUUCUAUAAGCUUUGUGACCCAGGUCUGCUGA